AUUGUAAACAGUCAAGAUGGCUGAGCAUGUGUUUUCCUGUAAUUAUGACAUUAGGAAUGGGUCUAAACGGGGGACAAUGAGUCGGAGCAUGUCAAAAUCAAUUGACAAGGAAGAUAUCUACAGUUUAAAAGACGAGUUGCAGAACAUUCAGAACGUGAUCCGACUGAAAAAAGAGAAUGUGGACGCCCUGAACGCCAAGUUUGCCGGGUUCCAGCACCCGCCUACCAUGUACCUGCAGGAGUACAACGAGCUGACGCACAAGCUGCACGAAUUCGAGGCGCGCCGACAGGAGCUGCAGGAGGCGAUCGCGCGGGGCGGCGCUACCACCAACGGCGGCGGCGAGGCGACAUGGCCAGUGGUGGCGGAGAGGAUGACCGCCUCGCCCGGUUCCGCAGGCGGCGGCGCCAGCUGCGUCUCGCCGGCGCCGGUGCCGCCGUCGCCCAUGAAGGCCUUCAUCCGGGCGCAUCUGCCCAACCAGCAGCGCACCAGCGUCACCGUGCGCUACGGCGUCACCGUGCGUGAGGCGCUCUCCAAGGCCAUGAGUCUGCGCAAGCUGACGCCGGAGACGUGCGUCGUGUACCAGUGCUCCAAUCCGCAGACCCAGAUCGCAUGGGAUGCCGACAUCACCUCUCUGGACGGCGACGAGAUCCGGGUGGAGGUCAACCACAAGAUCCCCGUCACCACCAGCAUCUCGCACAACUUCGUGCGCAAGACGUUCUUCCCGAUGGUGUUCUGCAGCAGCUGUCGACGAAUGCUGUUCACCGGCUUCGUGUGUCGCUCGUGCGACUACAAGUUCCACUCCAAUUGCUCGGCCAAGCUGCCGCCGCUCUGCCAGUCCGGUGCCAACGCCAACAACGUCUACCAGCACCUGCUGGCCAACAACUCCGCCGGCAUCCUGUACGCGCCGCCGUACGGGGCGCGGUGCGUGCCCGGCCGGCGCGGUGACCCCCGUCUGCCUGGCGCCGCGCCGCUGGCAGCUCGCGAACGCAGCACCUCGGCGCCCAACGUCAGCAACCACGUGGACCCGACGGCUAUCAGCGUGGAGCAGCUGCGUCGCGCCUACCCCGGUCCGGGCGCGGCGCUGGUGCCUCCCGCCUCGCAGGCGCACUCGUCGCCCUCCUCGUCGCCGACCAAGCUCUCGCACUCGCACUCGCACUCGGCGCACGGCUCGCCGACGUCGAUCCACCGCGGCACGCGGCCGCGCGCCCGCUCCGCCGACGAGUCGAGCAACAAGAAGCUCGACAAGAGCCGCGUGCGCGAGUCAUUCGACGAUUGGGAGAUCUCCUGGGAGGAGAUCCUCAUGGGCAGCAAGAUCGGUUCUGGCUCGUUCGGAACGGUGUACAAGGCGCACUGGCACGGACCGGUGGCCGUGAAGAUCCUCAAUGUCAACGACCCGAGUCCGGCGCAGCUGGCCGCCUUCAAUAACGAGGUGGCCGCGCUCCGGAAGACCAGGCACGUCAACAUCCUACUGUUCAUGGGCUGCGCGCGCCGGCCCAACCUGGCCAUUGUGACGCAGUGGUGCGAGGGUUCCAGUCUCUACAAGCACAUCCACGUCAACGAAACCAACUGGGAGCUGGGUGCCAAGCUGGACAUCGCCCGCCAGACGGCCUGCGGCAUCGAGUACCUCCAUUCCCGCGACAUCAUCCACCGAGAUCUCAAGUCCAACAACAUCUUCCUGCAUUACGACAGCACGGUGAAGAUCGGUGACUUCGGCCUGGCGACGGUCAAGACCCGAUGGUCGGGGAACCAGCAGGCGCAGCAGCCGACAGGGAGCAUCCUGUGGAUGGCGCCGGAGAUCAUCCGUAUGAAGGAGGAAAACCCGUACUCGUUCCAGAGUGAUGUCUAUGCCUUCGGCAUUGUGUUGUACGAACUGUUCGCGUGUGAACUACCGUACACGCACAUCAACAACAAGGACCAGAUUCUGUUCAUGGUCGGCAUGGGUUUUCUGAAGCUGGACCUGAGUCACCUGAAUUCGGACUGCCCAAAGCUGAUGAAGAAACUCAUCACAGAAUGCAUCAGCUUCAAGGCCACCGUACGGCCUCUCUUCAGACAGAUCGAGGACCGCAUCGACUCGAUCCUGCAGAACAUUCCCAAGAUCGCGCGCUCCCAGUCCGACUCGUGCCUGGCCAUGGUGAACAGACACUACGAGACGGACGACUACUCGCUGUACCCAUACGCGUGUCCCUCUCCGCGCACUCCCGGCCUCUCCGGCCAGCUGGGCGCCUUCGCCUUCCAGCCGGCCGUGUAGCGCGGCGGCCGGCCGCGCGCGCUUCGCCGCCCGGGCUCUGGGGGGAUUGCGCCGCCCCGCCAGGUCUCGUCCCGCACGUGACAGCGCGCCCGGUGGCCGGCGGUCAGCCGGGCGGCGCUGUUCAGUCCCUCCUCCUUCCUCCCUCGGGUCGGCUUGGUCUCAUUUUCAGCCGCCUUCGGACGGGCUGGGGACCCUGUGGGCCCAGCCGCGACGGUGCGGUGCGCCUGGCUGUCGCGGCGCUGCCGGUCAGCGCUGGCCGCGGCCACGGCCGUCGGUGCCGACGCCGACGUGGACGUGGACGUCGACGUCGACGUCGACGUCGACGUCGUGCUGAGGAGACUUGGUCGCGGUCGCCCCCCACCGCCACUGACCCCCGCCCCUCCCGAAACUCGGGCCGGCUCCAGAGGCGACCUCGUCGCCGAUCGCUCUCCGCCGCCCAGCCCCCGUCGUGCCCGCCCGCCUCCGCCGACUACGACCCCGCGCCCCUCCCGAAACUCGGCCUGGCUCCAGAGGCGACCUCGCCGCUGACCGCUCUCCGCCGCUCCCCGACGUCCUUGUGAUAGAGCGGGCCGCGCCCGCCGCCCGGCUCGCUAGUGCCGGGCGCGCGCGCGCGCGCGCCGACCCGCGCGCCCGCUCGCUUGCUCUAGUCGGCACCGCUGGUUACCCAGGGUUGUGUUAUGCCGCACUCAUACGUUUCUGUUGCACGUAUUAUCAUCGUCAUUUUGUUAUGUUCAUGGGUAUGUUCUGUGCGAACGUUCGACUUGUGUGUCUGUACAUAGUGUGUAAGUGAUGUGACAUCAUGACUGAAUAAAUCCAGCAUUUUAACCGGAGUGUGGGCGGGAGGCUUUUCUGGUGAAAGUGAUGCGACUCGCAUCAGAACGCGGUGACUGUACGGUCAUGUGAUACCUCAAAGUAAUGCUGCAUCACAAUGCUCCCGCAACGUUAUGCGCCUGUAGCACAUUGUUGUUGUAAACGUAACAUGGCUUAUUAAAAACAGGAGCAGAAGGCGGUCUGGAGAAUUAAAUUCUAAGCACUCAGUUUAUCUCGUUGCAGUAGCCAGUACUGGAUACCUGCCAUCUGAGUUCGUCCCGUAUCACGCCUACGUACGUCUCUACUGCCCGCAGUGAUACCAUCUGCCAUCUGAUCGCCACCCUGUGCAAAAUUCAAAGCUUUCCUUUUUGCUUUGGACACUACGACUCGUAUGGUUUUCAGAAAGAAAACACGU